UCCCUUGGAAUUGCAGACGCUAGUUUCUUUCAACUGAUUUUGGUCAUGGAAGCCACAGCACAGACAGACAGCCUUGUGGAGCAGGGUGUAUCUGCAACUAAAGUAAUGGUUAUGGAACAGCCUGGUGAGGGACCAAGAGUACGUAUGGUGUUACAACAGUGUAUGGGAGCUCAGUUAAUGGUACAGCCACCAGAUGAGGGAUCACCACCGCAGUUCGUAGAGAUACGCAGAGGGUUGAUAAUUUAUAUUUGUUUCCUGCGAGGAGCCACAAAGACUCUCACAGAAAAAAUGGCACGAACAGCCCUGACAGUGCGCCUGAGCGAAAGUGAUGAUGGCAAGUUGGUGUCUGUACUGGAUCUUCCAGGUGACGUUCUCAUCAUCCCACAGGCAACUUUGGGUGGCACAAUCAAGGGAAAGGUCAUGCAGUACCACAAGAACAUAGCUAAAGAGGAAGGCUUACAGUUGUACUCAGAGUUUGUGUCGAUCUUCAGAAAAACCUACGAGAGAAAUGACAAAUGUCAGACAACAGGAACGGUAGUAAGGUAUGGGACCUAUGGUAACCGCCAGGUGUUCAGUUGUCAAACUAAUGGACCAUACACUCACCUGAUUGAAAUGUAGUGGAGUUUGUAGUGAUGCUGCUUCACCAUGGAUGCAAGUCUGUGUCAUGAGCACAAGGAGAGAAAGAUGUACAUUUAUAUCCUGUGGUGCUUGAGGUGAUUUUAGUGUGGUUUGUCUCGUGAUGACCGCAAAUGCUAGUAGUACUCAUUUUUCCUGUUUCAUUGUCUGCGUGGUGACAGUCCUAUACAAAGAUACUUGAUAUUUGCUUGACUUUGUGUGCAGAAAGAGAAGUAUUUAUAGCAACUGUUAGAAUAUGUUUUUUGUGGUUUUGGUGGUGAUAAAUUGUCUUCAUAGUCAUACUUGAUUUGUGCAAAUAGUUUUGUUUAUGUUGAUUUGUAUGGUAUUCAAAUAAGCAGUAAUUUUUUUUAUGUUAAAUUUAAGUGGUUUUAUGAAGUUAUUGUCAAAAUGUGCUUAAGUAAUGUGCCAUGUUUUAAUGGGAUUUCACUUUAAAAAAGUAUUUUUUAAGUGAAAGAUUUUUUUUAUUGAUGUUUUUUAAACCUAAGCUUUAGUAUGAUGAAUGUCUUUUUAAAUGCAAAAUUGGAGUUGAGUUACACAAGGAAUGAAACUUGCAGGGUACUAAUGAGGUCAAUCUCAUUUGCAGAGCUACCUUGUACAUAACUUCUAUAUUGUCUAAAUUUACAUCAGUCCCAUUGUUCUAUGCAUUUUAAAGAAUUUUUCACAUUAGUAUUUAUGGCACCAAGAAAAUUGUGGAUUUUUGUUUUUGCUUUUUCUGUAAAACAUUAAGAUAUUAAUACUAACAUAUCCUUUUGUUUGAAAGUUGUUUUUUUUUGUAAAUUUAGUAAGGAAUUGUAAACAACAUUUGAUGUCAUGUUGAAAGAAAGGAUUUGACUAAAGUGUAAAGAGAUUUAAUGUUUAGAAGUAUUUUUUUUUUUUGUUAAAUUGUUUGCUUAUAUUUAUGGACUUAUCUGUAGGUCACAUCUAUGAAAUCCUUAUCUACACACUAUUUUUAAUUUGUUUCUAUAACUUUAAUUUUAAUAUUUAUUUAUUUAUUCUUAACUGUGAAAAAGUGCUUAUUGUUGAAUAUAGUAAAUGUUUUAAUCAUUAAAUACCUUGUAGGCUACAUUUUUUUUUUUAAGUCAUGAUAUAUUUACUUGUGUGAAAAAUAGAUAAGGAAUUUGGUACUUACAAGGCAUUUAGGAGCAGCCAUUAUAGCUGAAGUGUACAUGAUUCACUAUGUUCACUGAACCUUUAUGUACAUGUAGCUUUAAAUUGGUUGAAGUAGGUUUGUAGCAAAAAGAAACAAAAUACCGUAUGUAGCUGUAUACCUGUUUAAAUCUUAUCCAUAAAAUGACAGAAGAAAUCUUAAAAAGUCAGCAAAGUUUCAUGUUUUAUUAGGUUUUGGUUGUGAAAGCAUGAGUACAAAACCCUUUUGAACACUUCUGAAGCAAGAUGUUAUCUAAAAUGAUAGACACUACAUAUGAUUGAACACUUUGCUUCACUUUUGUUAUCAAUACUUCACCAAGGGAGUGGAGGUAGCAAAGACUUGAAAGACAUAGAGGGGAACAUAACAGAAAAUGUUAAUAACAGUUUGAUUGUAACUGUAGCUAGGAUCUUCAUGAUCAGUCAGCUGAUUAGUCUAUUUCCACCAGUCGGCAUCUUCAGGUUUAUUGAUACGAUGAGCAUGAUAAAAGAAUAUUUAUUCUGAUGAUUGUUUUUACUGGUGAUGCAUUAUUUUUAUGUGUAGUGAAUGAAAUCUAAAUGACAAUGGUCACUCAAUUUAUUUAUGUGUCUUCUUGAGGACAGAUGUUUGAGCACUGGAGGGUGGGGUGAUAGUGUGCUUGUGAUGACAGUGGUCUCUGUGUUCAUGUUACUCUCAUUUAUGAGAGGUUUAUGAGAGCUGUGGGAAUAUUUGGCUGAUGUGGCUGUGUUGACAAUAUUUUAUGCAAGAGAUUUUUUUGAAUUUUUGAAAUUUGUGAUUUGUGACAUUUGUCAUAUUUUUUGGAUAUAAGUUGAUAGAAGUUAUAAGUUGUGGAAGGAUUAAUGAAUGCCAGAGAUUUAUAUGAAGACACAAAGUAUUAUUUUUAAUAAACCCAGUGUUUCACAGAGGUCUUGGAUAUGAUUUGUGUAGUUGGUUAACAUUUUAUAAUUGCCUCCCAUGAGUUUCUGCAAUUAAAAAAAAAAGCAUAA